AUGUCGCCAGAAGCGUUCUCGGUAUGCUGUUACAUUAUCGGCGCAAUCUCCGUCUUUCUAAAUGGGCUUACUGUAUACCUUAUCAUCAGCCAAAGCACCUCCGACAUUCGGGGCUAUCGCGUUUACCUAUUGAACUUUACAGUAAGUAAUGCAAAGCGUAUAUGCUAUGCAACUAAUUUUCCUUCAGAUCACCGACCUAAUCUUCAGUAUUCUACUGUCGUUUUUACUGCAGCCAAUCCCCGUGAUACCCGGUGGAGGAGCACUUAUUGCAGGGCUCACAAAGUACACCGGCAAUGGAUAUGCGGGACAUUGUGUGGUAAAGGAGAGAAUAUUAAUAUUAUACAGUGGCGGGCCUGAUCCAAUGGCAAAAAAGAUUUCAUUUUGCAUCCGUAAAGUACCAAAAAAUGUACCAAAUUGCCUCCCUUUCCAAGUAAAAAAAACUCCGAUGCCCUUUAAAACAGAGUUUUCCAAUUGGAGAGGGAGGCAUUUUGCUACAUUUUUUGAUACUUCCCUUAUGCAAUAUGGAACGUUUUAUGCCACUAGAACAUGCCCGUCACUGUAUAUAUCAGUCUGUUGGGAGAAUAGUGGCGGGUCGUCGCAGAAAACUUUUUUGCAUCGCUAAUCAGCGACUUCCCGACGCGACGAUUCCACAUUAUUUUUGCCGCGAGAUUGAUAUUGCGUCUAGACAGCAAUUGGAUGCGUUUUUCCCCUUUCCGGCCUGCAAAAAUCCCCGUAAUCCAUGAUUUUUUUCAGUUCUCUCUGAUCGCCUUGGUAUUCGCGCACUCAAUUGUCAGCCUCAACUACUGUUUCAUCUACCGCUUCGCCAGUUUGAUGGACGUGCGAGCCAAGCAGAUGCUGGAAAAGCGCUGGUACAAAAGCCUGCUGAUUGGGUCGGGCGAAAUGAUUUGUUUCGGGAUUGCGAUGCUCAUCUAUGACAUGCGAGUGGAGGACGAGGUGAGAAAAAGAACAGGCUUGAAAGUUCCUUUUAUAGACCACAAGAACUAUCAGUUUGUCGGGGAAAUAAUGAGCAUUCUGUCGCAUCGAAAAUCGAAUCGCUGAUGAGAAAAGGAAUUGUGUCGCGGUAAAAUCAAAUUGCUUUUCACUUCGGCGACGCGAUCGGCAGAGCGACAUUGUGAAAUUAUGCAUAUUAUUUUCCCGACAGACUGAUAAAAAAGCUUCAAAAUAAUAUUGGCACGUGAGAAACAAGAUUUUGAGAAACUAGAACGACAAAAUAUGGAAUUACAGAUUCCGAAUUUAAUUUUAGAAUAAAAGAUUAAAUUAUAAAAAAUAAUAAAAUUUUCAGGUGUUCCGAAACAACACCAUCGUCCGCUUCCCAUACCAAGAACACUUGUUCGAUGGAGCGGUAAGUGGAUUACUGUAGUUUGAGCAGUCAAAACAUAUCAAUUCCAGAAAUUCUCAGCUCGUGCUUUGCAAGCUAGCGGAGAUAUUGAACCAUCUUUGCGGCCGAGAGAGCACGCGAAAUAAGGAGAGCGGACAGCGAGAAAAACACGUUUUUACCUAUCUUUGCGAUUCCACAAAAAAUCAAGUUUCUCCGCACGAAACUGGCAAAGAUAUGGCCAAAUCGUGUUUUCUCACUGGCCGCUCUCUGCAUUUCACAAACUUUCUCGUCAAAGAUAGUUGAAUAUCUCGGCUCACCCUUCAAAGUGCGGGCUAAAACUUUCAGGAAUGAGAAUGUGGCCUAUGUCCAAUAAUUGAUAUAUAAUUAAUUUAAAUUUAAAGCGAAUCUGAAGGUCGCACUUGGAACACUUGCCUUGUAAACAAACCUCAACUUUCAGGUCUGGUACGGCUACGACUACAAGGAGAGUCCUCACGCCAACAUCUUCCUCGUCACCGCCUUAACGCUGGCCCCACUCUCGUGCGGCUACAACUUUCUGUGCGCUUUUAUCAUCGUCGCCAAACUGCAUUACCAUCGCCGCCGGCUGACGCAACGCACCUACAACCUGCACUUGAAGUUGAUGCUGGCGCUGCUGAUUCAGACCACAGCGCCGUUGGUUUUGUUUAUCACGCCGAUCAGUUAUGUUUUUGCGUCCGCAUUUUUUCUGGUCAAGGGAGCGUUGACGGUAAUUUUUUUAUUAUUUUUUAUAGAACAAAAAAGUUUUUUCCUCUUCAAAAACGCAAAAUUUUUGGCAAUUUUAAAUCUAAAAUUUCUUUGUCCUGUUAAUAAAACCUUGGCAAAAAUUUAUCCAAUUUUUUUCCAACACAUAUGCAACACUCCUACUUCGCAAUUUUGCUGAAACGACCGAGAUUUUUAGACCAAAAGUCGGAAAAAUGCGAAAUUUUUUUGCAAAUUUUGGCACGAAAAGUUUCAUCCCUAUUUCUGCCACAGAAGGUAAUGUUUCAACAAAAAAUCAAUUUUUUCCAUGCGAAACUACCAAAGGCUGAGGCCAAAAAGCGCUUUUCUCUGACCGCACUCCGCAUUUCGCGUGCUCUCUCGGCGGCAAAGACCGUCAAAUAUCUCGGCUCUCUCUUCAAAAGCGAUGAGAUCAGUUUCCCCGGAGCCUUCAGCAUGUUCCGUUGUGGUCUAGUGGUUAGGAUUUGCGGCUCUCACCCGCAAGGCCCGGGUUCGAUUCCCGGCAACGGAAGGAGAUGUUUUUGGCGAUUCAACAGUAAAAUAGUCGAAUUCCUGAUAAGCUUUUGAUCUCAUGUUACGUGAAAAGGACGUGGCUCGCUAUUUUACGAAAUUUUUGGCUAUCAAACGUACCGUGACGGACCUGAUCCAGUGGCAAAAACGUAUCAUUUUGCGUUCGAAAAGUAUCAAAACAGGGAGCCCUCCAAAACGGAGGUAUUUUCCUACACUUUUUGAUACUUCCCGAAUGCAAAAUGGUACGUUUAUGCCACUGGAUCAUAACUUUCCCUUCCAUCUAUCGCACAGCGCAGUCCAAAAAAAGAACAAAAAAAUAAAAAAUGUCGAAUUUCAACUCAAAUUUACUUCGAUUUCACCACAAUCCUCCAUUUUUCAGAACGAAACCAUCCGUUAUUUACCGGUUCUCGCCCUGGCCCUGCAUCCAAUCAUCAACCCGUUGGUCACAAUUUUCUUUAUCGCGCCUUAUCGCAACGCCAUCCUGGGACGAAUUCCCAGCAAACGAAGGGCACCAGUCCCACGGUCACUGUCACAGUCUCACAGUACGUGUAACUUAUAUUACAAUCCUUGA